AUGGCAGGUCUCUACAGACUCUACCACGACAAACACAAUCCACCCGCCGACUUCACCCACAUCUCCUUCCACGGUAAAACCAUCCUCAUCACCGGCGCCACAUCCGGCCUCGGCUUCGAAGCAGCCCUCAAAUUUCUCCAACAGGGCGUCUCAUCACUCAUAAUCAGCAGUCGCGACUAUGCGCGUGGUCAACAGACCCAAAAGGAAUUAGAAAGCCGGACUGGGCGAAGGGGUGUUGUGGAGGUAUACCCGCUUGAUAUGAGCUCUUUCCAGAGCGUGGUUGAGUUUGCGGCGCGUGUCAAUACCGAGUUGCUGUCCAGUGGGCGGAGAUUAGAUGUUGUUGUCCUCAAUGCAGGGGUUAUGCAUCGAAACUUUGUGUGCUCGGAAGAUGGGUGGGAGGAUACGUUGCAGGUAAACACGCUUUCGACGGCGUUGCUGGCGGAGUUGCUACUUCCUACACUUCAACGGUAUAAUAGCGAGCAGGUAAUAGCGGAAGGGGAUGUACCGCAUCUAGUCAUUGUAUCCAGUGGUACUGCUUUACGCGUCAGGCGGAAAGACCUCCUCCCGCCACCCUCAUUGUCGUCUUCUUCCUCGCAUCCGCUUUUGGAUUAUCUCAAUCAACCCUCAACGCGCAAAAAAUAUGCAAUCUCGAAAUUACUCAUUGAAUACGUCUCCCGCAGCAUCGCAGAUCAAACCAUAAACCCUAAUGGGAGCUUGAAUGUGAUCAUCAACACCGUAAAACCGGGUUUGUGUGCUUCUGCGCUGGGACGACAGUACACGACUCGCUGGUAUGGGCGAUUGGCUGCGGGGAUGUUUAACUGGCUAUUUGCGCGGUCCGCUGAAGUUGGCGGGAGGGUUUUGGUUAGUGCCUGUGUACAGGGGUAUGAGUCGCAUGGGAGGAUGUGGAAGGGUGAUGGGGUUUUUGAUGAAACGGGUACCCUUCUAGGGAAGGAAGGGAAAGCACUAAAAGAUCAAGCAUGGAAGGAGGUUUCGGAUGUGCUCCAGGCGCAGAGUUCAAAGUUCAACGUGUCACUCGACGUCCGUUAA